GGAAGGACUGUUUUUUUAUAGCCAGAAGAAGCUCUAGUUUUCAUCACGCGCAGCAGAGGCCUCUUCAUUCGUAUCAGUCCCGUCAUGGCCGAAGUGGACGAGUCUCAGUUUUCUUUCAUGAGUCUGGAGGAUGAGCUGACCUGCAGCAUCUGUCUGAGCACCUUUGACUGUCCGGUCACUAUCCCCUGCGGACACAACUUCUGCCAGGACUGCCUGCUCGCCAGCUGGGAGGACUCGUACAGCUGCCCUCAGUGUCGGACCGUGUUCGACACCAAACCCGAGCUGAAGAAAAACACGGUCCUCAUCGCCGUCGUGGAGACCUUUAAAUUGAGAUCGAGCAAGAGCGAAGACAACCUGAAUGAAGAGGAGAGCGAAGAGGAGAGAGGAGAGGAGAGAGGAGAGGAGAGCGAAGAGGAGAGAGGAGAGGAGAGCGAAGAAGCGAGCGAAGGGGAGAGCGAAGAAGAGAGCGAAGAGGGGAGCGAAGAAGUGAGUGAAGAGGAGAGCGAAGAAGAGAGAGAAGAAGAGAGCGAAGCGGAGAAAGACGAUGUCAUCCGCUGUGAUACCUGCAUGGAAGCAGAAGCAUCGAAGACCUGCCUCACCUGCAUGGCGUCUUACUGUGAGGAGCACCUGCGCCCUCACCGGGAAAACCCCGUCUUCCAUCUCCACGAGCUGAGCGAGCCUGUCGGGGACCUGUCGGAGCGCAUCUGCUCCGACCACCACAAGCUGAUGGAGUUCUUCUGCAGCCAGCAUGACCGUCUGAUUUGCAGCUUCUGCCUCCAGCAUAUCCACAAAGGAUGCUCCUUCCUAACUCCGGAGGAGCAGAGGAACCUGAAAGAGUCUGACCUCAGAGACAAGUUGGGUUUGCUGAACGAGAAAAUGGAGAAGACUGAAAAUGUUGUGUUUCAAAUGAACAACAUGCAGAGCAUGCUGAAGGAUGGAGCAAACAAAAGAAAGAUGGCACUCGCAGCUGUUUAUCAGCAGAUGAGGGACAUCUUGGCUCAAGAUGAACGCGAGGCCCAAACUGAGGUGGACCGUGAGCUUGAGCUCGGUCAGAUGAAACUUCGGGAUCUCACAAAGAAGUUCGAUGAAAACUAUAAUAGGAUGGGAAAAGCCAGAGACGAUAUCAACAAGCUGCUGAGUCAAUCCCAAACCUCGGCUUUUCUACAGGCUUCAGUUGUGUUGCCCAAAGUUGUAAAGUUUGAGCCUCACGUGCCUCGAAUCACCCUGGACUCCAAGAAGGUGAUAGCGACGCAGAGCUUUGCUGCAGCUCUGAGGGAGACUCUGAUGGAGAUGCUUAAAGAGCCAGUUGAGGCCAGAUUACCAUUCUUUAAAGCAGAUCUUAACGCUGGCACUGGUGCAUUUGGGGAUUCUGGUGAGAGAGCAGCUCCUGUCUCCAGACCAGAAAGAGCUGGAGGUACUGAAUCCCAGGCAAAUUCUGCAGCGCCUCAGCAGACAAGCAACCCCACGUUCCAAAGUCCACUGAGCAGUCCACCCAUCCAGCCAUACUACCAGCCGGUUCCUAUCCCUGUUUUUAUUAGACCACAGCAAAGAUGGAAUCCACCCCAUUAUCCACAGGCCCAACCUCGAUUGCAACAUUUUGGGCAACCUCGAUUUUAUCCCCAACAAAAGACAACUCAAGACAGAAAGCCGCACAGUGCUCCUGGAGGAGGUAAACCAGCCGGGAAAGGAUCUGAUUUCACCAAGAAAGAUAAACCCAAAGGCUAUGCUCCUUCUGAGAAAUCAAUUGCUGGUUCGUCUGCGUCGUUACCCUCCAUGUUCUCGUGUGUUCUCCCUGCAUCGCCGUUUCAUGUUUCAGAUCCAGACAGGAGGCCGCACAGCGCUGCUGGAGGGCACAAGCCUUCAGGAUCUGGGAAAGGAUCUGAUUUCACCAAGAAAGAUAAAUCUAAAGAUAAGCCCAAAGGCCAUCCUUCUUCUGAGAAAUCAAAUCCAGACAGGAGGCCGCACAGCGCUGCUGGAGGGCACAAGCCUUCAGGAUCUGGGAAAGGAUCUGAUUUCACCAAGAAAGAUAAACCCAAAGGCCAUGCUUCUUCAGGCACACAACACUCACGUCCGCAUAAAAAUCAGAAGUAGAACCAAUAUUUGAUUUUAAUCUGAAGCAUGAGGGCAUUAUGAGAUUUGUGUAUCUAUCUAUCGGAUUCUAAUUAAAAAUUUUAUUAACAACAUUUAAGGUCUAGAGAGCCAGUUUCUUUCCUGUAUUAGAUAAGAUAGUUGGCACACAACUCCACUCAUACUUGACUAAUAAUAAUCUGUAUGAACAGUUCCAGUCUGAUUUUCGCCCCUCCCAUAACACUGAAACAGCACUUAUAAAAAUAACCAGUUAUCUUCUUACUGCA